AUGGCGAACCCCCUCGAUACCGACGCUGGCUCCGAGCUCUUCGGCUCCUACGAGGCCGAGUUUAAGCUCGUCCAGGCCGAUUUGACCGAGAAACUUGACCAGAUCCCCGAGCUCGCCGGCGAGCCGCGGAAGGCCGCCAUCAGCCAAGCCGAGCGUGCCCUCGAGGAGGCCGACGAAUUGUUGGGACAAAUGCGCCUGGAGAAACAAAAUAUCCCGACCAGCUCUCGCACCAAGGUCAACCAACGCUUCCGCAACUACGAGUCCGAUACCGACGAGGCCCGACGCAAACUGACGUCGCUCUCCUCCGACCGUUCUGCCCUGUUUGGGUCGCGCUACACCGACGACCCCGCUGGGUCUUCCGAUAUUCAUAUGGAACAGCGCCAGCAACUGUUGUCGGGAACCGACCGUCUCGACCGCAGCACUCAGCGUCUCAAGGCAAGCCAGGCGCUCGCCAACGAGACGGAGGGUAUCGGCGCGGGCACUCUGGCAGACCUGAGCAGGCAGCGAGAAGUUAUCGAGCAUGCACAUCACACUCUCCUCCAAAGUGAGGGCUAUGUUGACAGGAGUGUCAAGACUCUUCGGGGGAUGGCACGUAGCUACAGGUCUCGUAUUUCUCUCAUCUCAAAAAGCGAUAUUCGCUAUGUCGGUACCCUCCAUGAGAUCAACUCGGACGAGUCAACAGUGUCUCUCGAGAAUGUGAGGUCCUUCGGAACAGAAGGCCGUAAAGGCCGGCCAGACGAAGAGAUUUCUCCCUCCGACCAGGUGUACGAGUACAUCGUCUUCCGAGGCAGUGAUGUGAAGGACCUGCGAAUUGAAGACCACCCGAGCAUCAAGGAGAACAAGCCCCCGGCUGUUCCUGAUGACCCAGCCAUCGUCGGCGCUCGCGCUCGCCCUGGUGCUCAGCCACCAACCCAGAAUGCUCCCCCAGCUCCUGCUGCCUUUGGCCAGAACCCGUACCCACCAAACAACUUCUAUGGAGGCCCACCUCCUGGAAACUGGGGUCGUGGUGGAGCGCCCGGCCCUGGCCCGGGUCCAGGUCCAGGUCCCAACUUUGGCAACAUGCCGUAUCCUCCCCCUCCCGGAUGGUUCCCUCCUGGCCAAGGCUUCCCUCCUGGUGGUCCUGGUGGUCCCAACAUGCCCGGCGGUCCCAACGGUCCUGGCGGCCCCAGUGGCCCAGCACCCUGGGGCAACUAUCCUUUCCCUCCUGGUCCUGGUGGUCCUGGUGCGCCUGAUGCUCCCCAAAACCAGCGGCCUACACCCGCCGCCGCUCCCCCUCAGGAUUCGAAGCCCGCGCCGAUUGGCCCCGGCGCUGAACGAGGAAAGAAUGGAACGCCUGGUGGACAGGUACCAACCGAGCCGAAGUCUUUGGCUCAGGGCCCUAGACAGCACGCAAAUGCUCCCCCUCCCCCUGUGGACUCGAAGCCUUCUGUUGAGGAGGUCAAACAGGUUGCUGCCAACCUGAGCUCAAACGGCCCCGCCGCCGACGCCAGCAAGUUGGUGCCUACCGGGCCCAAGAAUCACCGAAUCACCCCCGUGAUCCCUCUCUCUGGAUUAGCUGCGAAGCCUUUCCAUCUUCCUGGCGCUACUGAUCAUACCGCUAAGCCCACUGCUACUGCUACGCCUGGCAACGUCCAGGAUGCGACGAACGCGGCGAGAGCUGCUGUCGCCGUUGCUAUGGCCCAACUUGGAAACAGUGGUGGCACCGCCAUGGACAAUUUGACCAACAAGGUCAACGAGAUGAGGGUCAACGCUGUGCGAGGAGCCGCAGCUCCCCGUGCUCGAGGCCGCGGAGGCCGACCUCCCAAUGCCAAGGUCGAGGUGCCUGACUCGGACUUCGACUUUGCUCAGUCGAAUGCCAAAUUCAACAAGCAAGACAUUGUUAAAGAGGCCAUUGCUGGCUCUCCGUUGACCGAAACUCCCGAGGGCGAUAACUUUGAAACCCCUGAGCCCUCCGCUUCAGGCGAUGCUCCCAACGCCUACAACAAGACGAGAUCGUUUUUCGACAACAUCUCGAGCGAAGCCAAGGAGCGAGCUGAGAAUGGUGGCCAGAAGCCUGGUGGUCGUGAGUGGCGUGGCGAGGAGCAGAAGAAGAACAUGGAGACCUUCGGCCAGGGCAGUGUGGACGGCGGAUACCGCAACUACCGUGGACGAGGCCGAGGCCGUGGUCGUGGUGGUCGAGGAGGAUUCAACCGCGGCGGUCGCGGUGGAAACCGACCUCAGUACCAGACAACGCCCACCCCUCAGUAA